AUGGGGCCUACGACUGCCACUGCCACUACUCCUACGACUACCACUACCACUACCACGAGUCCCACCACUACCACUACCACCCCCACUACCACGACCAUGGCACCUACCACUACCACAACCACUACCACUACCACGAGAUCUACUACGACUACUACCACGAGGCCCACUGAUAUCACUACCACCACCACUACCACAACCACAAGACCUACAACUACCACUACCACUAGGCCUACCACUACCACGAGGCCCUCCACUAUCACUACCACGAGUACUAUGACUACCACUACGACUAUCACUACCACUACCACUACCACUAUCACUACCACUACCACAGGACCCACUACUAACACUACUACUAGUACCACGAGACCUACGACUAGCACCAGCACUACCACUACCCUGCAGCCCACUAUUACUUGUCUCCAGCCACAUGCUCCACCACACCGAAUUCCCUCACUACCCACACAAUCACUAGUAUCUGUACCUGGUUGUGCUCGUCUCAAUUGUGACCAUGUGCCCAGUGCUGCUCUGCUGCUCCUCGUGCUGCAAGAGGUCACUGCUAAGGGCCAGGAGGUGCUGGGCCUGUGCUGGGAGAAGGGGACAGAUAGGAAGUUGCCAACGUCCUCGCUGGACCUCAGUCUGGUAUCUGGUCUUACAAUGGUGCUGGGAGCUUUUGAGGUCUUUGUGAACUUGAUCAAGUUUUCCUUUCAACUAAAGUUUGAGGACUAUCGAAGGUCAAGACUUCGUCUUGAACAUCCUACCCAUGGCAGUGAGGCUGAACCCAUGGAGGACAAUCAGCUUCCCCCAGAUUUACGGGGUGCUUCCCAAGCGGCCCAUCAGGUGUCUCCUAACCAGGAUCACAUGCGGAAUCUGAAGGACUUGAUAGUGGCAUUGGACUUGGAUGGAGAAGGCAGGCAGGUCGUCCAGCAGGAAGCGCCGAGAUAUGGGCAGACCAUGUCCUCCUCAUAG